CCCGAUUGGCUGAGUCAACAGAGAGGCUCCGGGCGGGCGGUCCCCCAAGAUGGCAGCGCUGUGCGCGUCCCUCGUUGCUAGAAGAGGCUUCGCGUGGUUAGUCCCGGCUGCGGCACGCAGAGGAUUUUGGUCUCGACCCAGAAAAGAGGAAGAGCCAGUGGUGGCUGAGGCGCCUGAAGAGGUGAAAAAAGAGCCUGUCCUGGUGUGCCCAACAUUACGGAGCCGAACUUACAUACCACCUGAAGAUCUCCAGAGUCGUUUGGAAUCUCAUGUUAAAGAAAUUGUUGGUUCAUCACUUCCUAGUGAUUGGCAAGAUGUCUCUCUGGAAGAUGGUCAUAUGAAGUUCAGUCUGUUGGCAAAUUUGGCCAAUGACUUGGGCCAUGCAGUGCCCAACUCCAAGCUUCACCAGAUGUGCAGAGUCAGAGAUGUUCUUGAUUUCUAUAAGGUUCCUGUUCAAGAGAGAUCUAAAUUUGAUGAACUUAUUGCCAGUGAUUUGCCUCCCAAUUUGAAAAUCACUUGGGGUUACUGAGCAAUUCAGAAGAUGAACGUAUUGGAAUCAUUGUUGUUCUGCUUAGUGAAGUGACUGGUAAUUAGGUCUGAAAUAUUACCAAUCAGAACUAUUCUCAAAACCUCCCAUUUCAGUCUGACUUUUUCUACAGAGAAAUACAUUAUCUUUUUCUCACAAGGAAUUAACAACAAAAAAAGUUACAUUUGCUGCCUCCUUCCCCCAGUAGAGUCAGGUCUUAUUUAUGGAAAUUUCUUCUUUUUUUUUUUUAAGCUCCAUCUCACACUAGUCCAGGCUGGCCUCAAACUCACAAUGAUCCUCCUCCCUCAGCUUCCUUAGUGCUGGGACAAAAAUGAAGUGUGGAACUAAAGGUGUGCCUGGCUUUAUGGAAAUUUUCUUUGUCAGGAUACGAAUUAACUUCAGUUUAAUAUAGGAAGAAAUGACAAGUUCAGAUUUUCCUUUACUCUUCAUAUAGAUUUAAAGUAGUACUUGCAAGAAAAUUUUCUAAUCUUGCUAACUGUAAUAUUUAAGUUAGAAUUUCUAUGUAUAAUAUAUAUACAAAUAAGGAAAAAACAUAAAAGUCUGUGAUAUUACUAUAAAAACUUGUUCCUUUCACUGUUUGUUUUACCUCCUGAGUAAAAAUGGUAGAAAAUAAUACUGUGCAUUCUGGAUUCAUCUCUCUUGGAAUUUAAGUAGAUUUAAAAAAUCAUUUUUAUUUAUUUUCAAGAAGAGAAAGAACGGGCAUGCCAGGGACUCUAGCCAUUGCAAGUGAACUCCAGAUGCAUGUGCCACUUGGUUCAUCAAGCUUUAUGUGGGUACCAAGCAGUUGAACCUGGGUCAUUAAGCUUUGCAGGAAAGUGCCUUAACCAUUAAACUCUCUUUCCAUUCCCUAAAGUAGGUUCUUAAAGUACAUUCUGUCUUUAAUUUGUGUGUAUGUAUGUCCGCAUGCACACAUAUAUGUACAUGUGUGCAGAGACCAGAGGAGGAUGUCAGGUAUCUUCUCUCAUUUUUCUGCUUUAUUUCCUUGAAACAAGGUCUCUCACAAAACCUGGAGCUUGCUUUAUUGUCGUGUCCUGUCCUCCCCUACUGUCAGACUGGCUAACCAGUGAGUCCCAGCAGUCCUGUCUCUGCCUCUCCCUCCAGCAGUGGCAUUACAGGUGUGGGCAGCCAUACUCUGUUUUUACAUAGGGGAUCAAACUUGGGUCCUGAUCUUUACACAGCAAGCAUACUGGCCAACGUGCCAUCUCCUCAGCCUCUGUCUUUAAUGUUUUUAAGGUAAAAUUUGCUUUUAUAGAUGUUUUGCUGUUUCCUAAAUGUUAGUAUAAUUGAAAAAAAUUAAAAUACCUAGAAACUUUUGAGUAACACCUUUUGAGUAAAGUAAGAGACUUGCCAGAUUGCA